GACGGGAGGGGGCGGGACGAGGCCGGGACGGUGCACGGUCCCGCGGGGGUCCCACGUCCCACCCGUCCCGGCUCCUGCCAUCCCCCUGCACUGGGAGGGGAAAUCUCGGGUGGGGGGAGCUGCUGGGGUGAUGCUAGGGGGGGGAUGCAGGCACACACGGGGUACCACUCCCUUUUGUCGGAUGCCGAGAUGGAGGAGCGUUUUUCCGAGUGUUUUGUCGGACCGAGAAGGCCGCGGGGAGCGGGAUUUGCUGGGAAAAAAAUAUCUAUUUCCCUAUUUCCUACGCGGCGGAGGGGACCCCGUGGGGCUGCGGGACCCUCCGGACCCCCCCGAGAUACGCGUGAGGCAGAGGACGCGGUGCUCCCCGAGGCCGGCGGAGCGCUUCCCGAGCAGUGCUCCCGCCGGAAAAACUCACCCCGCCGUGAGCCGUGCGUCCCUCUGCCGUCACAGCCACAUGACGGGCGGACCAGGAAGCGCCGGCAGCUCCCUCCUUCCCCCCCGUAGCUUCCUCAUCCUCAUCUAGGCACCGCCGGGAGGAUGGAACCCCCCGGCCCCCGGCCCGGCUGAGGCUCCGGCAAGGAAAACCCGAAUAGCAUUGCUUUCUUGCAGCACGGCUGCAGGGCUGUUGGGUUUGGCACUGCACAUCGCAGCAGGGAGAUGUUCAGCAGGUCGGGAUACCAGGCUCUUCCCUUGGGGGAUUUUGACCGCUUCCAGCAGUCCAGCAUCGGGCUGUACGGUGCGCACAAGGGUUUCUUCUCCUUCGGAGACAAUGCAGACCCACUGGGGCCGGCCAGGAAUGCUGCAGACUCCUCCCAGGGCUGGCUGUCCUGGAUCUGCCAUGGGAUCAUCACCUCCUUGGUCUUCCUACUGAUGCUCCUCACCUUCCCCAUCUCGGGCUGGUUUGCCUUGAAGAUAGUGCCCACCUACGAGCGAAUGAUCAUCUUCCGCCUGGGCCGCCUCCGUGCGCCGCAGGGCCCCGGCGUAGUGCUGCUGCUGCCCUUCAUCGACCACUGGCAGCGUGUGGACCUGAGGACACGGGCCUUCAACGUGCCCCCCUGCAAGCUGAUCUCCCAGGACGGCGCGGUGCUCUCCAUGGGCGCCGACGUGCAGUUCCGCGUGUGGGACCCUGCGCUGUCCGUGCUGGUGGUGAAGGACCUCGUGGCAGCCACCCGCAUGACGGCACAGAGCGCCAUGGCCAAGGCCCUGGGGAAGAAGAGCCUGCGGGAGAUCCAGGGGGAGAAGCUACGCAUCGGGGAGCAGCUGCUGCUCGACAUCAACGACACGACCAAGUCCUGGGGACUGGAGGUGGAUCGCGUGGAGCUGACGAUGGAGGCGGUGCUGCAGCCCCCCCGGGACACCCUGCUGGGACCUCUGGGUGCCAUACCCCCGGUGCUGGAGGGCCCUCCCCCGCAGCUGGCUGCCCACCUCCUCGGCAGCACGCCCAGCACCCCAGGGGCAGCAGACAGUGUGGGGACAGCAGGCGAGGCGGACUCCCCUAGGAAGAGGCCCAGCGUGGCCGAGCUGCUCUCAGCGGUGGAGCCCGUCCUCUCCGAGGCACUGGUGAGCCAGGUGGGAGCAUCUUACCAGGUGGACAUCAUCCUGCCCGGCGGCGCCCGCAGCACCUUCUUCAUAGACCUCUCUUCAGGCAGCGGGCGGGCUGGCUGCGGCGUGCCCCAGGGCAGCCCCGACGUGGUGCUGGAGGUGGCGGAGGAAGACCUGCAGGAGCUGGUGCUGGGCGAGCUGCGGCCCCUGGCUGCCUACAUGAGCGGGCGGCUGCGGGUGCAGGGCGAUCUCCAGCUGGCCCUGCGCCUGGAGGAGCUCUUCAAGGCCGUGAAGCUGCACAGAUAGAGCGCGCGUGUCCGUGUGCAUGUGUCUGUAGGUGGGGGAUGCCGCCCGCCCUCCCCGUGGGGUGACAGGAGGCAGGUGAAGACCUGAGCGGGGAAACUGAGCCAACGGAGGCGUCGCUCCUUGGCUGAGCCCCUGCGCCUGCCCUUGUGCUCGUCUUUACCCUUCUCACCCCUUGCCUGCAAUGCAACCAGUGGGCACCCCAGCUUUGGGCCCCGUGGUCCUCGCGGCUGCUGCCUUGCGGGGAGGGAGCGGAGGUGGCAUCUGGGGGAAGGAGCAGCUGGGAGUUGCCCCUCCCAGCGCAGCGCUCUGCAAGAAGUGACGGCGUCGAUUUGUGUUUUCUGCAUGCGUGCUGUGAGGUCUGUCUGCGCGGUGCGCGUGGGGGGCUGCGCCCGGCCGUGUAUCCGUAGCUCUUUAUUUUGUAAGCUUCCUUUCUAUCCCAAUAAACAUGCUCUGAGGGUAGUGA